GUUUGUUAUACUACGCUGGCCACGGCUAUGAAAACUAUGGAAACAGUUUCAUGGUUCCUAUUGAUGCUCCGAAUCCCUACCGAUCUGCAAACUGCCUGUGUGUGCAGAACAUCCUCAAACUCAUGCAGGAGAAAGAGACGGGACUUAACGUGUUCCUACUGGACAUGUGUCGGAAAAGAAAUGAAUAUGAUGACACAAUUCUUAUCUUAGAUGCUCUGAAGGUUACGGCCAACAUUGUUUUUGGAUAUGCAACGUGCCAAGGAGCAGAAGCUUUUGAAAUUCAGCAGUCAGGGUUGGCCAAUGGAAUCUUCAUGAAGUUCUUGAAGGACCGCUUGUUAGAAGACAAGAAGAUUACUGUACUGCUUGAUGAGGUUGCAGAAGAUAUGGGCAAGUGUCACCUUACCAAAGGCAAGCAAGCUUUGGAGAUCCGCAGCAGUUUGUCUGAGAAGAGGGCAUUAACUGAUCCCAUUCAACAAAGCGCGUCUUCUGCAGAGUCUCUGGCGCGGAACCUACAGUGGGCCAAAGCUCAUGAGCUUCCAGAAAGUAUGUAUCUUGAAUUCAGGUGUGGUGUUCAGAUUCAGUUGGGGUUUGCAGCUGAGUUUUCCAAUGUCAUGAUCAUCUACACGCAAAUAGUAAAGCAGCCACCUGAAAUAGUAGUUUGCAGAGCCUACGUUACAGACUUCGCGCUUGACCUGGAUGUGGAUCCUAAAGAGGCCAAUAAAGGAACUCCUGAGGAAACUGGAAGCUAUUUAGUGUCAAAGGACCUUCCCAAACACUGCCUCUACACCAGGCUAAGUUCACUGCAAAAACUAAGGGAACACCUGAUCUUCACUAUUUGCUUGCACUAUCAGUAUCCAGGAAUAGAAGAUACAAUGGAUGAAAGAAAGGAAGUUAACGUUGGGAAGCCCCUUAUUGCUAAAUUAGGCCUUCAUCAUGGAUUCAAAACCAGUAACUGUCUCCCGACCUGUGGCAUGGCAAAUAAUCCUUUUCAUAAUCGAAUAGAAUCAAGUCCAGUGGCACCUAAAUACUACAACCCUAGUCAUUGCCAAGCAAAUUCCUGCCCAGGUGUUUACCAUCCAAACCGUAUUUGUUCAGACGGCAUCAGACAACCAGGGGCAUGUUCUUGCAAAGGGACUUCAAGGAUAUUAGCUUCGAGACAUGAAGUGCAGAAUUACUCGCCUCCUGUGGAAAAGAGCAAUGUCCCAGUAGAGACCACUGAUGAUACUGUUGAACUGGAUUUCCUUCUCUCCAACAGCCUCAGACUGUCUGAAGAGCAGUAG